AUGGCAGACAAGACUAGUCCCAUGUUAGCCUCUGUGCCAAAUCACUCAGUGACCAAUGUCACCACUGCCCUAUGGGAGCCCAAUCCUACGGUUCCUGCCAAUGUGGGUGUUGUUACAAGCUCCCAGUCACAGAUCAAAGACCUUUUUGGGUUGUUCUGCAUGGUGACCCUUAACCUCAUUGCUUUGUUGGCCAAUACUGGUGUGAUGGUGGCCAUUGCCCGUGCUCCUCACCUGAAAAGGUUCGCUUUUGUGUGUCACCUUUGUGCAGUGGACCUGUUGUGUGCCAUCCUUCUCAUGCCUUUGGGUAUAAUAUCCAGCUCAGCGUUCUUUGGAACUGUGGUGUUUACUGUUCUGGAGUGUCAGGUUUACAUCUUUCUCAAUGUUUUCCUCAUCUGUCUCUCCAUUCUCACCAUUACAGCCAUCAGUGUGGAGCGUUACUUCUAUAUCGUACACCCAAUGCGUUAUGAAGUCAAGAUGACCAUCAACCUCGCUAUUGGUGUCAUGCUAAUAAUCUGGGUUAAGUCAGUCCUCUUAGCUUUGGUCACACUGUUUGGAUGGCCAGCUUAUGGACAUCAGAGCUCUAUUGCUGCAGCUCACUGCUCUCUCCACGCGAGCCACAGUCGUCUAAGAAGUGUAUUUGCUGUGCUAUUCAGUGUGGUUUGUUUCCUAGUUCCUACAGUGGUUAUCUUUGCUGUUUACUCUGCCGUGUACAAGGUAGCACGCACUGCAGCCCUGCAGCAAAUCCCUGCUGUGCCAACUUGGGCAAACGCAAGUCCUGCUAAGGAUCGCUCAGAUUCCAUCAACAGCCAGACCACCAUGAUCACUACCACUCGUACUCUGCCCCAAAGACUAUCUCCAGAGAGGGCAUUCAGUGGAGGAAAGGCUGCCCUUACUUUGGUAUUCAUUGUAGGUCAGUUCUUUGUUUGUUGGUUGCCCUACUUCAUCUUCCACCUGCAAAUGUCUCUGACUGGUUCCAUGCACAGCCCCGGGGACUUAGAGGAGGCAGUCACUUGGCUGGCCUACUCCUCCUUUGCCGUUAACCCAUUCUUCUACGGCCUGUUGAACAGGCAGAUCAGAGAAGAGCUGGUAAAGUUUCGGCGCUGCUGUUUAACCCAGCCGGCGGAGUUUGGAACAUCCAGCCACGAGGGCUCCUUUCAGGAGAACUUCCUCCAGUUCAUCCAGAGAACCAGUAGCACAGCUGAAACCACAUCCAGCUGUGCCAACUCCCGUCCCAGAAACACUAUGGACCAGGGGAUAAAAAUCCCUGGACAAAUACCUGAGGAGCACACUUAG